AUCAUUUAUAACAUUAGUUUAAAAUAUUGCCAAUAUUUUGUGACAACAAAAAUUUACUUAAAAUAAGUUUUUAAACCCGUUAUAAAUCUCUAACCCUUUUAUUUGGGAGUUGUGUUUGUGUUAAAGUUUUUAUGUUUUUUAAAAUAAUAAUAUUUAUAAACCGAAACAAGUGUUGAGACAACAAAAAAUCUUCUAUCGGGAAGUGGUUUGAGUUCUUGCAAUGGAAGAAGAAGCCAAUUGUCUGAAUAAGUUUAAUUCAUCUCUUUAUCAAAAUCAGUCUGUUUGUCCAUCGGUUUGGGAUGGAGUGUACUGUUGGCCUCCGACCCCAUCCAACACAACUGUCCGCAUGCCGUGCAGUGAUAUCUUCGCGGUGGCCAUCGAGCACUUCCAGCAAUACUCCAGCGAUGACUAUAUGAAAUACAUGGCUUAUCGCAAGUGUUCCGAUGAUUCUGUCUGGGAUUGGAACAUCUUUAUGACUAAGCCUGAUACCAUUCCGGACGAGAAUAUAUCGAAGUUAUCGACCAUAAAGCAAGUGCUCAACUAUAUUGUGCUGACCUGUUCUCUGUGCUCAUUAGUGGCUCUUGUAAUCGCUUUAAUCAUAUUUAUGUGUUUCAAAUCCAUACAAUGCACUCGCAUUCGCGUCCAUAAGAAUCUAUGCAUCGCUUUACUGAUGAACUGUUGUCUACUAAUUAUCAUGUCUUCACCGGUGGUCGUCGAUAACGGAUCGCUGCCUCAAAUCAACUGGCUCUGCAAAUGUCUUAAAGCGAUGAAUAUAUACUCAUUGAUGGCAACAAUAUUCUGGAUGUUUAUCGAGGGACUGCUUCUUCACACCCGUCUAUAUGUCUCUCCAUUCAAAAGCAAUACAAACCCGUCGUUCGUAUUGUACUACUGUAUCGGUUGGUUAUUCCCAGCGAUUAGUGUCGGCGUUUGGGCCAUUGUACUCGAGUUUGGUCUCGACUUUGGGGGCACUCAGUGUUGGCAGGGAUACGGAAAGAGCAAAACCAUAUUCAUAGUGACGGGUCCGAUGUUAGCCCUGUUGGCCAUUAACGCCGGCUUUCUUAUUAAUAUCAUUCGCAUUCUCUUUGUGCGGACGGCUCUGAACAGCGCGUGGUCUCGACGUCGGAUAAGUCACAGCUUCGGUCUCAUGCAUCACAACAGCAGCAGAAAACGUCGACAGAGCAGCGCGUCCUCCACUUCGGCCACUUUGACCAACAAUAAGAUCUCGUGUCCCCUCUUCUACAACCCACCCGUCCAGUAGUGUUACCAUUGGUUUCAACACCCCCUCACCCCUCACACCCCACCCUCCCAUCGCUUAC